GGAAGAAUGCUGAUCUGGACAACAAAUGCUCCUAGUUUUGUCAGGUCAUCAAUGAGGAGAAUGCAAAAUUGAUAGAUAAAAAAUCGAAGGCAUUACAUGCUGCGGCAUUGAUCGGACGGCCCUGGUGAACGCAUAGUUAAAAGUGAAAGUUCCGUGUUUAGAAUCCGGCGCCAUGUUCGCCGUUGAAAAUUUGGAAACAGAACGGGCUAUUUCGCGCCAAUAUUUCACUUCGUAAGUUUCUUUCUAUAUACCACAUUCACAUCCCUCUCGCACAUACGAAUACAUCUUGUUUGAGGGAUCAGAUAAUGCAGCGCCAGAAAUCGAUACUCUCGUUCUUUCAGAAACCCUCGCCGGCGAGUCAGAAAGCCGACAGUGGAGGCACACUCAACGAGCGGAAAGCUCCUCAUUUUUCGUCAAAGCAGGAGAACCAAAAGGUCGUCUCUCCCGGAAAGCCUGACACUCAUGGUUCAGUGGACUCGUCUCUGGAAGUUCGGGGAACUGAUACCCCGCCGGAGAAGGUGCCACGCCAGGUUCUCCCUGGGAGCUACAGUGUGAAUGAGAACACCACUGGUUCUUCUCUUUUCUCGAGCAUUAUGCAUAAGUUCGUGAAGGUCGAUAGCAAAGAAAAGCCUCUCGAGAGGGUCCAGGUUCAUCAUCCUUCCAAUGAUAUUUGCUCAGUGUCUGGUAGACUCAUUGAUACAAAAGGGUGGUCCAAACAAAGAACAGAUGUGCUACAUCUUGAAAAGAAUAAUGCUUACAGUUCCAAUGGGAUGGUUGAUCAUGGAGAUGUCUUACUGCUUAAAAGCAGCAAUGAUGUUCCUGGGCCAGAGACACCAGGAGUACAGCCUCUAGUUCCUCGUUUGAAACGAAUUCAAGAUGAUAGUUCUAAGUUUGAUGAUAGGAGUGGUUGUUCCUUGUUAAAUGCUAGCAAAAGAAUGAAACUUCUUCUGGACUCAACAGCCUCAAGCAAGAACCAAGGAGUAAUAUUUGAUUCUACUAGCAAAUUUGAAUGGCUUGACCCUCUGAGAAUUAGGGAUGCUAAUGGGAGAAGGCUAAGUGAUCCUCUUUAUGACAAAAAGACACUUUAUAUUCCUCCUGAUACACUGAAGAAAAUGUCAGCAUCUCAAAAACAAUACUGGAGUAUCAAAUCUCAAUACAUGGACAUUCUCCUUUUCUUUAAAGUGGGAAAAUUUUAUGAGCUUUAUGAAUUGGAUGCUGAAAUUGGCCACAAGGAGCUGGAUUGGAAAAUGACAUUGAGUGGUGUGGGAAAAUGUCGGCAGGUUGGUAUAUCCGAGAGUGGGAUUGAUGAUGCUGUUGAAAAGCUGGUUGCCCGUGGAUAUAAAGUUGGACGAAUAGAGCAAUUGGAAACAUCUGGUCAAGCAAAAGCUAGGGGUGCAAAUUCCGUAAUCCCGAGAAAAUUAGUUCAAGUUGUCACACCAUCGACUGCAACAGAUGGUAAUAUUGGGCCUGAUGCAGUCCAUCUUCUUGCAAUAAAAGAGGGAAAUUGUGGGCUGGAUAAUGGGGCAACUUCUUAUGGAUUCGCUUUUGUUGAUUGUGCUGCUCUACGAUUUUGGGUUGGAUCAAUCAAUGAUGAUACUUCAUAUGCCGCUUUGGGAGCAUUAUUGAUGCAGGUGUCACCUAAAGAAGUCAUUUAUGAAAGCGGAGGGAUGUCCAAAGAGGCUCAGAAAGCACUCAGAAAAUAUUCAUUAACUGGUUCAGCACUGCAGUUGACUCCAGUUCAGUCCACCACUGAUUUUCUACAUGGUUCUGAAGUUAGAAAUUUGAUUCAGUCCAAGGGUUACUUCAGUGGGUCUUCUAACCCAUGGAAUAAUGCAAUCGUCAGUGUAUUGCACCAUGAUAUAGCUCUAUCUGCCCUUGGUGGACUUGUUGGUCAUUUGUCCAGGUUGAUGUUGGAUGAUGUUCUACGGAAUGGAGAUAUUCAACCUUACCAAGUAUAUACUGGCUGCCUUCGAAUGGAUGGACAAACAUUGAUUAAUCUUGAAAUUUUUAACAAUAAUGCUGAUGGUGGUUUAUCAGGUACAUUGUUUAACCAUCUUGAUAACUGUGUGACAUCAUCUGGGAAGCGGCUUUUGAGGAAGUGGAUCUGCCAUCCACUGAAAUGUGUUAAAGGCAUUAAUGAUAGACUUAAUGUAGUUGAAGAGCUAAUUAAUAGAUCAGAAAUUAUGUUGGUUAUUGCACAAUAUUUACGCAAGCUUCCAGACAUAGAAAGGAUGCUUGGACGAGUAAAGGCGAGCUUUCAAGCAUCAGCUUCUCUUGCAUUACCUUUAAUUGGCAAAAAAAUGUUGAAACAGCGAGUGAAAGUCUUUGGAUGUUUGGUGAAAGGACUUCGGACUGGAAUGGAUUUGUUAUUGCUAUUACAGAAGGAAAGCCAAAUAAUGUUAUUAUUUUUAAAAAUUUUUAAACUUCCAGAGUUAAAUGGAAGUGCUGGGCUCGACAAGUUCCUUGCCCAAUUCGAAGCUGCAGUAGACAGCGAGUUCCCCGAUUACCAGAACCAUGAUGUAACGGAUUCAGAGGCUGAAACACUAUCAGUGCUGAUUGAGUUGUUCAUUGAGAAAGCUACACAAUGGUCUGAAAUCAUCCAUGCUAUCAAUUGUAUUGAUGUACUACGAUCUUUUGCUGUCACAGCAAGCAUGUCAUCUGGAUCUAUGUCUAGGCCUGUUAUUUUGUCCGACUCAAAAACCACUACCUUCAGCCGAGAGGCUGCUGGGCCUGUGCUCAAAAUUAAAGGCCUGUGGCAUCCAUUUGCUCUUGGCGAGAAUGGAGGGCUGCCAGUCCCAAAUGACUUGAACCUUGGUGAACAUCCAGGUAGCUACCAUCCUCACACUUUGCUGCUGACUGGGCCAAAUAUGGGUGGGAAAUCAACGCUUCUGCGUGCCACAUGCCUAGCUGUUAUACUGGCACAGCUUGGUUGUUUUGUUCCCAGUGAGAUGUGUAUUCUCUCACUUGUUGAUGUCAUUUUCACACGGCUUGGUGCCAUCGAUCGAAUUAUGACAGGCGAAAGUACAUUCUACAUCGAGUGCACAGAAACAGCUUCAGUUCUUCAAAAUGCCACUCAAGAUUCUCUUGUUAUUCUUGAUGAACUAGGUCGAGGAACAAGCACUUUUGACGGAUAUGCCAUCGCAUAUGCAGUGUUUCGCCAUCUUGUUGAGAAGGUAAACUGCCGAUUGCUUUUUGCAACACACUAUCAUCCGCUCACAAAAGAAUUUGCGUCUCAUCCACAUGUUACGCUGCAACACAUGGCCUGUGCCUUUAAGCCAAAAUCUGGAAGCUAUUCCAAAGAUGACGAGGAGCUGGUUUUCCUGUACCGGCUAGCCUCUGGAGCAUGCCCUGAGAGUUACGGAUUACAAGUGGCUGCCAUGGCUGGAAUCCCGGAAAAGGUGGUCGAAGCUGCUUCAAAGGCUGGUCAAAUAAUGAAAAAAUCAAUUGGAGAAAAUUUCCAGUCAAGCGAACAAAGAUCCGAGUUCUCAAGUCUCCAUGAAGACUGGUUGAAGACUCUACUAAAUGCUUCACAAAUUGAAGAUUGUAAUGUUGACAACAAUGACGAUGAUGUUUAUGACACCUUAUUUUGCUUGUGGCAUGAAUUGAAGAACUCAUAUCGAUCAUAUAAAUGAGAGGAAAGGAUGGUAUGUGAACAUUGCCUUCAAAACCCUAAUUAUUGAGAGGAGAUUGGUAUUCGUUCAAUUUUGGGAUUAUAAAUUUGGUAAAA